GGUGGAAGCUCUGGGUAGGUGCGGACUUUUCUUUCGGCUGGAGAGCUCAAGAGCCAGCCCCAAUCUCAAAAAAGAUGCUUUCUGUGAGGAGCCUCUGCCUGGUCCUGAGUGUGGUCGGCACAGUAUGGACCGCAGACACUCAUGGAGAGUUUAUAGAAGAAGGAGCAGCUGUGCGUGGCCCAAGACUCAUGGAGAGACAGCAGUCUGCCUGCAAAGAAACUGACUGGCCGUUCUGUUCUGAUGAGGACUGGGGAUACAAAUGCCCUUCUGGCUGCAGGAUGAAAGGGCUGAUUGAUGAAGUCAACCAAGAUUUUACAAACAGAAUAAAUAAGCUGAAGAAUGCACUGUUUGAUUAUCAAAAGAACAAUAAAGAUUCCAGUACAUACAGGAACAUAAUGGAGAUUUUGAGAGGGGACUUUGCCAAAGCCAAUAACAAUGACAAUACUUACAACCAGGUGUCAGAAGACCUGAGAAGCAGAAUAGAGAUUCUGAGGCGCAAAGUCAUUGAGAAAGCACAGCAAAUCCAGCUUCUGCAGAACAACGUCAAGGCUCAGCUGAUAGACAUGAAACGCUUGGAGGUGGACAUUGAUAUUAAGAUCCGGUCUUGCAAGGGGUCCUGCAGCAGGGCUUUGGUCCGUGAGGUGAAUCUGCGGGACUACGAAGAGCAGCAGAAGCAAUUCGAUCAGGUCAUUGCCAAGGACUUGCUUCCCUCUAGAGACAGGCAGUUCUUACCCCUGAUAAAAAUGAAACCGGUCCCAGAUCUGGUUCCUGCACAGUUCAAGAGCCAGCUGCAGACGGCCCUUCCAGAGUGGAGGGCAUUGACAGAGAUGCAGCAGAUGCGAAUGGAGCUGGUGAGGCCUGGGUCAGAGGGCAGUUCUCGAGGAGACUCUGCACCUCAUGGCACAGGAUCAGAGAGUGAAAGUCCCAGGAAGCCUGGGACCGGUGGUGUCGGACAUUGGAACCCUGAGAGCUCUGGACCUGGAGGUGAUGGAAAUCGGAACCCAGGAGGUGCUGCUUCUAGUGGCACUGCGGACUGGAAUCCGGGCAUCUCCGGGCCUGCUUACGGUGGAACUAGGAACCCAGGAAACCCUGCAUCUGGAAGUUUUAGACCAGAUAGCUCAGGCUACGGUAGCAACAGGCCUGCAAACCCAGACUGGGGUAGAUUUGAAGAAGUGUCAGGAAGUGUAAGUCCAGGAACAAGGAAGGAACACUACACGGGUAAACUGGUCACUUCUAAAGGAGAAAAGGAGCUUGUGAUCGGGGACGAGAAGGUCACCUCUACUGGCACAACCACUUCACGCCACUCAUGCUCUAAAACAGUCACCAAGACUGUUAUUGCUUCUGACGGUAGCAAGAAGGUGACCAAAGAAGUGGUGAACUCUGAAGACCCUGCUGACUGUGGGGGUGGCCCAGACUUAGAUGUGCUGCGUGGUUUCAGUACCCAAGGCAGACUGGAUGAAUUUGCCGAGAGGCACCCUGAUGAAGCUUCUUUCUUUGAUACAUCUUCAACUGGAAAAUUAACAUCGUUGUUUCCCCCAUCUACCUUCAAAGAGUUUGGCAGUAAGACCCAGUCUAGAGGCACAGAAUCAUCCUUCUUCACAGGUAUGGAGGACGCUGGCUCUCAUACCUUUGAAACCCCUGAGUAUUCCAGCAGUGGUACUACAAGUUACAGAAAGCAAGUAAGUGGCAUCACAACUUACAAUAAAGGAGGCUCCACGUUUGAAACCAAGAACAUGAAAAUGGCAGACGAAGCUGGAAGUGAAGCCGGUCAAGAGGACCUGAGAGACGCACACAGCAUCAAGAGAGGCUAUGCUAAAGCCCGCCCUUCUAGAGACUGUGGCGAUGUCCUCCAAACACACCCUUCAGGUGCCCAGAGUGGCAUUUUCAAUAUCAAGCCACCAGGAUCCAGUAAGAUUUUUUCUGUUUAUUGCAAUCAAGAGACCAGUUUGGGAGGAUGGCUUUUGAUCCAGCAAAGAAUGGAUGGCUCAGUGAAUUUUAACCGCACCUGGCAAGACUACAAGAGAGGUUUCGGCAGCCUGAAUGACAAGGGAGAAGGAGAAUUCUGGCUAGGCAAUGAGCACCUCCACUCGCUCACGCAGAGGGGAGCGGUCCUCAGAGUUGAGUUGGAGGACUGGGCCGGGAAGGGGGCAUUCGCAGAAUACCAUGUGCGGGUGGGCUCCGAGGCCGAAGGCUACGCCCUGCAGGUCUCCUCCUACCGGGGCAGCGCUGGCGACGCCCUGAUGGAAGGUUCUGUGGAGGAAGGGGCAGAGUACACCUCUCACGACGGCAUGCAGUUCAGCACCUUUGACAGGGACGCAGACCGGUGGGAAGAAAACUGUGCGGAGGUCUACGGAGGAGGCUGGUGGUACAAUAACUGCCAGGCAGCCAACCUCAAUGGCAUCUACUACCCCGGGGGCACCUAUGACCCCAGGAAUAACAGCCCCUAUGAGAUAGAGAAUGGAGUGGUCUGGGUCCCCUUUAAAGGAGCAGACUACUCCCUUAGGGUUGUGAGAAUGAAAAUAAGGCCAAUGACAACCUGAGCAGCUGAGGCAUGGGGGAGGGGGAGCUGCUUCCAUCCUUUAGCAAAA